CUGAACCAUUUCCUUCAGCAUUCAAUCAACCAAUGUUCCAUCAAAUCCAUCUCAAUCAAAUCCCUUCAUGACUCAUCCCACCAAGAAACCUACUUCUCAACAUAACCCAAGAAACAUUCAACCAUUAGGAAACCUAUUAUUAUCCAUCAAUCCAACCCAAACUUCAAUUCAUCGGAUCAACUCAUUAGGUUCAUUAUCAAUCUUAUCAGAUGAAAUCAUUUUAAAAAUCUUUUCAGAAUUAGAUCCUAGCUCAUUACACUUACUUCAAGGUGUUAGUCGUUAUUUUUUCGGUUGGUGUGUUGGUUUAGAUGGUUUAUGGAAAUCAGCUUAUCUUAGUCAACAUGAUACUUUAGAAAAUUGGAAUGGAACUUGGCGUUCAACUUUUCUGGGAAGAUCUCAUUUAGAAACCGAUCCAAUUCAACUCAAUCAAGUUUAUUCAGAUGUACUUUUUCAACCUAUACUAGCUGCUACUUAUGAUAUAAGUUCAGCAAUCGGAAUCAAAAAACGAUCUAACAAAUUUCGUCCAACAAUCCAACGAGUUUCUGUGGAUUCAAAAUCGAUCAUCGAAAGAAAGAUUCCACAAAUCUUGUUAGGUUUAAUGGAAACGUGGUCAGCAAGAAAAUGGACAUUAGAUACACUCUCCGCUCGAUUUCCAAAUGUCAAAUUUCGUGCAGAAUCAAGUUUGAUCAGUUUAUCAAAUUAUCAACUUUAUCAUCAUAGAUGUCAAACAGAAGAAAGUCCAGUUUAUCUUUUUGACGCUGAUUUUGUAGAAAAAACUAGCGGAUUUGUAGAAACUCAAAGUUUAGGCCUAGAGUAUCAUGUACCUGAGGUCUUUGGAAAUGAUUUGUUGGGAUCUUUAGGACCUGAUCAACGUCCUGAUUUUCGUUGGCUUAUUAUUGGUCCUACUCGCUCAGGUUCCACUUGGCAUAAAGAUCCAAAUGGUACUUCAGCAUGGAAUGCCGUCAUUUCAGGAAAGAAACUGUGGAUAUGUUUCCCACCUGAUUGUACACCACCGGGAGUCCGUGUGAGUGAGGACGAGAGUGAAGUAGAGAGUCCACUUUCUAUUGCAGAGUGGUUCAUUAAUUACUAUGAACUUUCGAAAGAAGAAUUCGGUCCGAAAGCUCAAGAUCCAAGCAAACGUGGAAAGAUGCUCGAAGGUAUUUGUGAAGCUGGUGAAAUCUUUUACGUACCAUCUGGUUGGUGGCAUCUGGUCGUGAAUUUAGAACCAUCGAUUGCGAUCACUCAAAACUUUGUUUCUGAACAUGAACUAGUAGAAGUUUUAAAGUUUAUGAAAUCCAGAUCAGAUCAAUUAUCAGGAUUUAGAAAGAUAGAAAGAAUGGAAGAAGUUUUGGAAAAGUUUAUAAAUGCAUUAAGAUCCAAUCCUAAGUUGAUUUCUGCUGAAGUUUUAAAUGAAAGUUUAAAUCGAAUUGAAGAAAAACAAGUAGGAAUCAAUACCAAGAACAAACGUAAGAAUCAUCAUCAUGGUCAAUCUGAAGGAUCAAUGUGGGAAAAACUUAAACAACCUAGGUUAGAAGAGACUAUAGUGAAUGAAUCCAAUGGGUUUUGUUUUGGAUUUUUAGUUGAAGAAGAAUCUCUUUGAAGCUUGUUAGAAUGAUUGGAUGUAUGAUUAGAUACCCUAAAGUGUUAUAUAUCAUGGACCAAAGUUGAAGCUGAUUGAAGUGUUUU